AACAUCACGGUGGUUACAUAUGCCGCCACUUCACUUAGCAACAUCAGCUAUAUCACCCUCUUAAAUCGUGCGUGAAGACGCAGGAUAACUCAAAGGGCUCGCUGAUUUACGAUUUAUUCAAUUAGGAUACCUGACUAUAGUACCACGUGAAUAUGGGUGGCUCUCGCCGAAAAUUGAAAAGGAACGCGCCGAAGGUUCGGAAUGGGUUAGUGAAACGCAAAAGAGACCAGAAGACGAAGCUUCCUGUGGAUAUUGCGUUUAACGACCCGGCGCUGGAGCAGAGGCUGAAGAAAAAACCGGAAUGGGACGAGAAGGACACCUUGGACGAGAACUACAGCCGUAAUCAGCUGGUGGCGGACCCAAACAUCUUACUUGGCCGCAAAGAAAAGAAGACGCCUCUGGUGCCGCCAGAGGUUCGGAAGGAGGCUGGCGAGGAGACUUAUUCGGACGAUGACGAGCAACGCGCCGCGCUGCAUCUACCACGCAAGAACCGCAAGAAUCCGCCCCCGCGGCUGACCUCCACUCAGCGCAAGGUGGUUGGAGCACUCCUGGAGAAGCACGGAGAUGACGUGCAUGCAAUGAUGAUGGAUACUAAACUGAACAAGAUGCAGCACAGUGAGGGAGAGCUCAGAAAGUUCAUCGAGGCAUAUCGGUUCUGGGGACCUGAUUGCAGCGCGGCGCAGAAACAUGAUUUUUGGACGGAGAAAAAGCCACCCAAGAAGCUGCUGAAUUGCAGGUGUGGAACGGUGUGGGUGGGUAGGGUAGGGUAG